AUGGCAUUAACCUACACCCCAGAGCACAUCUUCAUGUCUAAGCGCCUCGUCUACCGAGCUUUCGAGGACAAUGAAGAGGACAAGGCGUUUUUAAAACAACAAAUUCUCAACGAUCAUACCAUCCAAGUCAUGAGCACGGAUCGAUUACCACGGCCAUCACAUUCGCAAUCCACUGAAGCGUUUGUGAAAAUGUUUCAUGAUUCCAUGUUAGGCGUUCUGAUAUGCCUUCAACCAGAGGGCCACCCCAAAGAUGAUUCGGAAUAUCCAUCUAACGAUGAGGUGGCCAGAGCAAAGCCCAUUGGACAUGUAGGCCUUUUCAACCACCUUGGCCCAGACACGAGCCAUCACCGCAAUGUGAUGUUGGGCAUAUCGCUCGCGCCGGGUUUCCGCGGCAAAGGGUAUGGCGGAGAAGCUAUCAACUGGGGACUGGAUUGGGCAUUUCGAUAUGCCGGGGCUCACAGGGUUGGUCUAGCUGCCUUUUCUUAUAAUGAAAACGCCGUAAAACUUUACAGAAAAUUGGGCUUUGUGCAAGAUGGCCGCGAACGCGAGGCUAUCUAUCACCUUCGUGCUUGGCACGAUGUGAUUCUCUUUUCUAUGCUCGAGCAUGAAUGGGAGACACUGCGGGGAGUAGAAAAGAACUGA